ACACACCCUUUUAUAACUCAUCUGCUAUUCCCCGUCUUUUCCCAUCCACACACACCCUUGACUCUCUCUCUCGUACGUUUCUCAGAACAACAAGAAGGCAUCACAGAUUUUCGAGCUUAAGUGUCUGUUCUUCGAUUCGAGCACAAUAUUGCAAGUUUUCAAAGGCUUGAAAUCAGUUUCUUGAAUUAACAGUAGGGAAAAAGGAGAGAAAGAAGAAGAGGAAGAGAUGGCGACAGUGAGCAACGUCAACCACCAAGAUAACAACCCCAACACCAACAACGUCGCGGCGUCGGCCCCGCCAGUAUCGUCGGCUAAGCAGACUGUGCCAACGGCGAAGACCGUUGACACCCAGUCUGUUCUGAAAAGGCUGCAAUCUGAGCUAAUGGCCCUUAUGAUGAGUGGUGAUGCUGGAAUAUCAGCUUUCCCUGAGGAGGACAACAUAUUCUGCUGGAAGGGGACAAUCACAGGCAGCAAAGAUACAGUCUUUGAAGGAACUGAAUACAAGUUAUCCCUCGUCUUUCCCUCUGACUAUCCUUUUAAGCCACCUAAGGUCAAAUUCGAGACGGGCUGCUUCCAUCCCAACGUCGAUGUUUAUGGGAAUAUUUGCUUGGACAUAUUGCAGGAUAAGUGGUCAUCUGCCUAUGAUGUGAGGACAAUCUUGCUGUCAAUUCAGAGUUUGCUUGGAGAGCCAAACACAAGCUCACCUCUUAACACCCAGGCGGCUUCACUUUGGGUCAAUCAAGAAGAGUAUAGGAAGAUGGUGGAGAAACUAUACAAGCCAACUGCAUAAAGAUAUAGCAAUUUCAGAUUCUUCAUUUACAAUGAUAUGCUCAGAGAUCUUAGUAGUUUGAUUGUCUCACUUCAUCAUUCUUUAGUUGCUAAAGAGAGAAUAAUCUUUCUAACAUAUGAGAGAAGAAUAGCACUUUGGUUGAAUACUUUGUAAUGGAAAAGAUUGAAGGUUCAAUGGUGAAGUUUUUGAUGCUGGGAAUGAGCUUUUACAGCUUACUUGAUUGCAGAUAAAUUGUAAGUAUGAUUUCAAACAUAUGAACAAAAAGUGUGGCUGCUGAUCAUAUUUAUAUUAUUUUUGUAUAAAAGAAUA